UACAUUCAUAUACACAGAACAAACACACAAUUCAUUCUAAUUAUUAAAGCUCCGAAGAUAUCAAAUUAAUUAGGGGUAAAACCCAGGUUCAUAAAGUUGUAGACAUCACGGCUAUACACAGGUCACCGCGGUCACUUUUUCUUAAUGCCCAUUCGACCCGAACCGUUUCUCUUUUAAUCAGCAGUAACCCAUCUGUUCACGGCGGCCGUGGGGCUUUGCCUUCUGAAGGCGGUAGUCCCUCUGACCUCCUUUUUCUUGCCGGCGGCGGUUCCUCUUUCUUUUCCUUCUAAUCUAUACAUACAUUUUUUCUGUAUCUACAUAUACAUACACACAAAACCCAUAAACAUUUAAAUUAAUUAUGCUGAGGAUUAAGAGAGUUCCUACUGUUGUUUCGAAUUACCAAGAAGAAGGAAGUGUUGUGACUACUGGGUGUGGUCGUAAUUGCUUUAGAGAUUGUUGCCUGCCAGGGGCAAAGUUACCUUUGUAUGCUUUUCCAAAAGUUGAUAAAAAGCUUGAUGAAAAGGAGGUUCCUUUUGCAUUCUUGGAAUCACUCCUUCUUGGAGAGUGGGAGGAUCGUGUUGAGAGGGGGCUGUUUCGGUAUGAUGUUACUGCUUGCGAAACUAAGGUGAUUCCGGGAGAUUAUGGGUUUGUUGCACAACUGAACGAGGGUCGCCACCUCAAGAAGCGUCCAACUGAGUUUCGAGUGGAUAAAGUUCUCCAGCCAUUUGAUGGGAGCAAGUUCAACUUCACUAAAGUUGGGCAGGAAGAGGUGUUGUUCCAGUUUGAGUCGAGUGAAGAUGGUGAAGUCAAGUUCUAUCCAAACGCUCCGAUUGAUGUGGAAAGUUCCCCUAGCGUUGUUGCUAUUAAUGUCAGUCCAAUUGAAUACGGGCAUGUGCUUUUGAUUCCUCGAAUUCUCGAGUGUUUGCCUCAGAGGAUUGACAAUGAGAGCUUCUUGCUUGCACUUUACAUGGCAUCAGAAGCUGGGAAUCCAUACUUUCGUCUGGGUUAUAAUAGUCUUGGUGCAUUUGCUACUAUUAAUCACCUUCACUUCCAGGCCUAUUAUCUGGCUGUACCCUUUCCAAUUGAGAAAGCCCCCACUAAAAAGAUUACUGAUUAUAGUGGCGGGGUCAUAAUUUCUGAGAUUCUCAAGUAUCCAGUUAGAGGUCUUGUCUUUGAGGGUGGAUAUUCACUUGAAGAUUUAUCGAAUGCUGUUUCUGAUUCGUGCAUGUGCCUUCAAGACAACAAUAUACCGUACAAUGUCCUUAUCUCAGAUUCUGGAAGACGGGUUUUUCUCCUACCUCAGUGCUAUGCCGAGAAACAAGCUCUAGGAGAAGUGAGUGCCGAGCUUCUAGACACCCAAGUGAACCCAGCGGUUUGGGAGAUCAGUGGACACAUGGUGUUGAAACGGAAAGAAGACUAUGAUGGUGCAACUGAACAAAACGCUUGGAGACUUCUUGCAGAGGUUUCCCUCUCUGAAGAAAGGUUUCAAGAAGUGAUGGCCAUUAUCUUUGAAGCAAUCUCGUGUGUAGUCCCUGAGAAUAGGAGCUUGCCCGAUGAAGAUGAGCAAGAUCUUGAAGACUUUGAUGCUCUCAACAAUGAGUCCCACCAGGCAGCCAUUGUGGCUGGGAAACAAGAAUGCCUAGUUCAGCACUAGGGCUAGUAAAUGUAAUUCCGACUAGUACCUAAUGUAACAUACUUUAUGUUCCUUCUUAAAGAACACUACAUGGGCUUGCUUUGUUGUUCAAGACCGCUUCAUGUGUGGAAUGGAGCUAUGUUAUGUAUCAAAUACUUGAAUACAUGGAGCUAUGUUAUGUAUCAAAUACUUGAAUUGGGCAUACAAUUUUAAUGUUUGAUUA